AUGUUUGGUCAAGUGCGAACGAACCGGUCGACGGUCCUCAUGGCCGGCACCGUCAUCUUUUUGGUCGCUUUUGUUAGCCUGGCCUACAACCAUCUCGACACCUGGGAGCCUCCCACUGAUGUCGCUACCGAUACCGAGACUUCCAUCAUCGGCGACACCCAUGAUCAGCCUCACCACGACGAUAAGGAGAAGACAGAGCCUGCGCAACCCGCUGCUCCUGCUACUCCUCACGACGCCAUGUCCAAGCCCGACCACCCUUCCAACGCUUCCACCGAGCUUGGCGAUUACUACUUCAACUACAUCAUGAAGGCCAAGGUUUCUCCCACCGACAAGAAGUACGCUCCUUUCGGCGCUUUCCCCAUGGAGCUCCCCGGAGCCCCCAAGUGGACCGAACUGGUUGGCGAGGACCUUUGCAUUAUCGAUCUUGACAACCGACCUUUCAACGAGCCCGGCCAGAUCUUCUCUGACAAGUUGAUGAGCUGGGACCGCGCUGACGAGACCCACGGUCUUUCUCUUGGUGUCCUGAACCACUGGCUCUACGCCAAGAACCACGGUUACAAGUACUACUACGUUGACAUCACCGACCCCUUUGAGGACCGCCGCAACUCGUGGAAGAAGCCCCCGAUUCUGUCCAAGAUCCUCAAGAAGCACAAGGCUUGCAUCUUCCUUGACUCCGAUGCCGUCUUCCACCACCUCGACCUGCCUUUUGAGUGGCUCAUGAACUACUGGCAGCUCCACCCCGACACCAACUCUCUGGCUCUCGCUUACGAUCCUCACCACAAGAACAACAUGGACAAGUUCGAGAAGGUUUACCUCAACACUGGUUUCAUCGUUCUCCAGAACAACGAGAAGACUUUUGAGAUUCUCAAGGAGUGGGAGGACUGCCCCAACGAGGGUGGCAAGCACCCCGACUGUGUCGAGUUCCGAAAGAACCGCCCCGGAAAGCCUACCGACCAGGGUGGUUUCGGUACCUACAUCCGAUACGAUUACCCCAAGGACAUCAAGGAUCUUCCUUGCACCGAGGCCAACGGUUUCCCCGAGUCCAAGUCUGGCUGCGACGGAAAGUUCAUCAAGCAUCUCUGGACCGGAAAGAAGGACCACAUCAAGGUCGUCAUCGGCCAGCAGGUCCCCGGUGACUUGCUGGAGAUGUUCCACAAGCAAUUCAUCGACGAGAAGCCCAAGUUCUUCAUCUCCGAGCGAGACGUGAUGGCCUGGUCGGACUAA